UUAUUAUAGGGACACUAAAAUUCUGUUUAAUUGUGUAGUGUGCCAAACAGUUUCACAACCGAGAUAAAGACGUAGUUUAUAAAUACAUAACUGCUCUGCGUCGGAAAUAUUAUUUAAUUGAUAUUUAAGUAAUAACAACAAAAAUGUAUACAAAAAUGAAUUUCCCAGUCAAAAAAGUGUUAGUGUUGUAUACUGGCGGGACCAUUGGUAUGCAAAGAAAUUCUCAAGGAGUUUACGAACCACUUAAUGGCAAAUUUGUUGAGGAAAUAAGACGUAUUGGUGUAUUUCAUAAUCAAAAACUGGCAGAGGAGUUACGGUUAUCAGCAGAACAACUCAUUAUUCCAGAUGUACUAAUGAAGAACAACCUAAUUUACACCAUUAAGGAGUAUGAUCCUCUUCUGGACUCCAGCAAUAUGUCGAUUGAGGAUUGGCAGAAAAUAGCUGAAGAUAUUGAGGACGAAUAUGAAAACUUCGACGGUUUUGUUAUACUCCAUGGCACAGAUACGAUCGCAUAUACUGCAUCAGCUCUGUCGUUCAUUUUGGAAGGUCUCAGCAAACCUGUAAUAUUAACAGGUUCUCAGAUUCCUAUUUUUGAAGUUCGUAACGAUGCAAAAGAUAACUUCUUAACCUCAUUAGUAUUGUCUAGUUGCUUUGAUAUUAGAGAAGUUUGUAUUUACUUUUCUAACAAACUUUUCCGUGGCAACAGAACGAGGAAAGUCAGUUCUGACCUUUUGGAAGCAUUUAACUCGCCUAAUUAUCAUAUUCUUGCUGACUGUGGGAUUGACAUUAAAGUUUACCACCAAUAUUUAUUCAAACCUGAUGAACAACUUUCCAAACUAAAUGUAAAGAAGUCAUUAAAUCCUAAUGUAGGAAUAUUUUACCUUUUUCCGACUAUAACUGUAAAAAUGCUAAAAUCAUUUCUCAAGCCGCCUAUUGAAGGGAUAGUUUUGGUAAGCUAUGGUGCCGGAAACAUCCAAUCUGAAAGGGAGGAUCUUUUGGAAAUUUUAAAACAGGCUGUUAACAGAGGAAUUAUUAUCAUUAAUGUUACACAGUGCGUACAAGGAACCGUAAAUUCUUCUUAUGCAACGGGACAGGUCUUAAACAGUAUAGGUGUGCUGCCAGGAUUUGAUAUGACUGCAGAAGCUGCUCUUUGUAAAUUAUCAUUUGUUUUGGGACUAGAGGAUAAGACUUUAAUAGAAAAGAAAGCGAUGAUACUAAAGGAUUUACGUGGAGAGCUAAGCAGAAAUGUUAACAUUAUUUGAGGCUCUGAAGAAAUCACUAAACCUUCAUAAUAAAUGAACACGUUUGUUUAGAGCAGAAGGCGAGUUUUGAGAUAUAUACCCAUGGGAUGUAAAUUCGUGAGAAUGGUACCUAGGUAUGUAAAAAAGUAUAUCAUAUAAAACGAGAAAGGAAUUGUCUGCCAUAGUCUAUCUACAUUUAAACUUUGAUGUGUAUUAUAUAAACAGAAUAAAUAUCUCAAAUGCU